AUCAGAGCCGUUCCUCAUUCUUCAUCUCCAAAGCUACUGUCAACAUGGCUCUUUGGAUAUCCUUCCUCCUCAACCCAACCAUCAUUUUCUCCUUGGUUCUACUGCUGCUAUUAGCAAGUCUGUUUCUGAGCAACCUCAGCGGGUCAUCUCAACGUAUGCCUCCGGGACCAAUUCCCCUUCCUAUCAUUGGCAAUUUGCAUUUGAUAGAUAUUCAAAGGCAGGAUGUCUCAUUUAUGAAGCUUUCCAAAACCUACGGCCCCGUCUUCACGUUCCAUUUGGGUCUACAGAAGAUUGUGGUGCUGGUUGGCUACGAGGCGGUGAAAGAAGCUCUCCUGAGCAAGAGAAAUGAGUUUAUCGACAGGCCUCCGAUCCCCAUAUUCUUACAGAUCCAGCAUGAGAACGGUUUGUUCUUCUCCAUUGGAGAACUGUGGAAGGACACCCGUCGGUUCGCCUUGACCACGAUGCGGGAUCUUGGGAUGGGCAGCUCCCUGAUGGAAGGAAAGAUCCUUGAAGAGCUCAAUUUCCUGGUGGAGAAGGUCAACUCCUUUAAAGGUGAGCCUUUUGCACUGCAGACCUUCUCUGAAGCUCCAACCAACAUCACCUUCACUAUCCUCUUUGGUGAAAGGUUUGACUACGCCGACCCAACUUUCACCACGCUCUUAAGAAACAUCUACGAAGUGAUGAGUCUUCUGGGAGCUCCAGCCUUACAUCUGUAUAACGUCUACCCGUUCCUUGGCUUCCUUCUCAAACCCCAUAAGAGGAUCUUGAAAAGGAUCAAGGAAACUUGCACCAUCAUCGAGAAAUACCUGCGAGCCAGCAAGGAGACUCUCAGCAGGAACCAGCUCCAAAGCUACAUCGACUCCAUGCUCUUCAAACAGCAACAAGAGGGAGAGAACGGCAAGAAGAGCACAUUUCACAACCCCAAUGUCGUGGCCUCAGUUCUUGACCUUGUCAUGGCUGGGACGGAGACCACGGCCACCACUCUGCAGUGGACCGUCCUGAUGAUGAUGAAGUACCCUGAGAUUCAGAGGAAGGUCCAACAGGAAAUCCAGCGAGUCGUUGGAUCAGAACGUUUGCCGGUCUACGAAGACAGGAAGCAGAUGCCCUUCACCAAUGCUAUGAUUCAUGAAGUCCAGCGGUUUGCUUCUAUCGUGCAACAUUUCCCACGCUGCACCGCCAUGGACACCCACUUCCGAGGUUACUUUAUUCCAAAGGGAACACCAAUAUUUCCCUCUCUGACAUCGGUGCUUUAUGACGAAACCCAGUGGGAGACUCCCUACAGGUUUAACCCCAACCAUUUUCUGGAUGCCGAAGGGAACUUUCUGAGGAAAGAUGCCUUCUUGCCUUUCUCAGUCGGUCGCAGGAACUGUCUUGGAGAAAACCUAGCCAGGAUGGAACUCUUCAUUUUUGUGGUUGGGCUGUUGCAAAGGUUCACAUUUCAAGCCCCACCUGGAAUGAGGGAAGAAGACCUGGAGCUCACGAUCGAACCUGCCUUCACUCGGAGGCCACAUUCCUACUCCACCUGUGCUGUCCCCACAAACUAACUCUGGGUUUCUCAGCCGUGGCCACUUGAAGGGGUGUGGACUUCAACCCCCAGAAUUCCCCAGCCGCUCUCCUGUCUCUUGAUUUAAUCCAGUCUUCUACUCUUUACCAACUACAUUAGUAAUCUUUCAGCAGCGUUUCUUAAGCUUGGCUACUUUAACAGGGGUCGUGACCCAGGACCAAGUAGGCAGUAGUAGACGCAAUUAGUUCGAAAACAAACAGACUUUAUUAGAACAGCUGAGAAUUAACUCAUUCUCAGUGUCGUCCAAACUAAAUCAAAACAAAUUCUUCAUAACACAAUUCUUCAGGCUUAAUCACAAACUUUGGUUUAAUCAGGCAAACUGCCAAAGGCUUUUCUUGGCAAAAGUUCAAAAGCAGAAGACGCCGACAAGAAAUAAAUGCAGCAAGACAAAGCUAUCAACGUUGUUUUCCGGCAAAGAACUCAAACGCCGUUGCUGGUCUUUUAAGCCUUAUGGGAGGGGCCAAUCAUCUCUUGGCCCUACUCCUGAGUCGUCCUCUUUGCUUUAGCUGUUCUUGCCUUUUGGCAGCUCAUCUCAUGCGUGCAUUAGGAACAGGCUCUUCCUGUUCCUCUGCCUCAAUACUUGCAGCCUCUGGAGGCUCCAGAGUCCGCACCUCACUCCCAGAUGGUUCUGGCCCCAUCUCUGCCUCUGAUGCAGAGCCCUCAUCCGGGCCUUCCCCAGCCUCCAGGACUGGCCCAUGUUCUUCUUCAGCCUCAUCACUGUCCGACUCCAUUGCCAGCUCCACAGGCUGCUGGCAGACCACAACAACAGGUAUGGACCUCAACUCCCAGAAUUCCUGAGCCAGCAUUGCAAGUUGGGAUAUGCUCCAAAACACAGCUGGCUGGGGAAUUCUGGGAGUUGAAGUCCACUCCUUUUAAAGUGUCCAAGGUUAAGAAACACGGAUCUAACACUAAUUUAGAAGCUCUUCUGUGCAAAGCGUGUUAAAGCAACUAAGGCCAUUGACAAAUACGGUUCCGUUACGCUUUGCAAAAUACUUGGGACUGCACUUUAUUUCCAAACUGAAAUUAAAUUUAGAGUGGGUGCUAAAUUAAUGCUACUGCCAUUAAAGUGUAUUGCAAAUGA